CGACAGUCAUAGGUAGUAUACCUUGAUUGGUAAUAGACACCUCCGACUGACCAUCAUUUGUCCCAUAUCAUAUAACAUAAGAGAGUAUCAAUCCUGCUCUCCCCAGCACUCAUCAUGGCUCCCAUAACAUUCUCUACAGGCACCCCGGCCCAGCAGCAGGAGGAGUCCUCAUUUACGCAAAUGGACCUUGAUCGUGAUCUUGAAUCCAUAGGCAAACAUUGCCAGUUCUCUUACUGCAACCAGCUCGAUUUCCUCCCUUUCCGCUGCGAAUCCUGCAAGGGCACUUUCUGCCUCGAUCACCGGACGGAAACUGCUCACAAAUGCACACACGCAGGGGAAUGGGCCGCUUCCAGACGGAAAAACUCUAUCGGAGCCACGGGCACCAGAAACAGCAGCAUGCUCUCCUCUCUGCCGCCGGUAAAACCUACCGUCUACAACUCUACGCAAUGCUCACACCCUUCCUGCAAAACCCUGAUCCACACGUUGCAAAAUACUGGCGUUCACUGCAACGAAUGUAACCGCCAAUACUGUCUCAAACAUCGCUUGCGCGAAGACCAUGACUGCGCCAAACUCACCCCGAUAGGUGCGCGGCCUACCAGACAAGGGCCAUCCCAGACUGAAAAGGCACGGCUAGCAUUCUCCCGCCUACGGACGUGGGGGAAAGAUAAAUCCUCCACGGUCGCCGCGAAUCUGACUCCGAAGCCGAAACCCAACAGCGCUGCCGCGCGCAUGGCGAUGCUUGCAGAGCUGAAGAAGAAAGCAAAAGGCGACCCCAACCUUGCGCUGCCGAAGCGGUUUUACUUGCAUGUUGAAGCGUCUGCGGACACCACAACGGCGAAGUAUCCCACUGGCGAUUUUUAUUUCGACUCCGCUUGGAGUGUGGGCAAGGUUUUGGACGAUGCGGCACGCAGGUUGCAGGUGCAAAAUGUCAAUAAUAGAGUUGCUGGCGAGGCGGAGAGGCUGCGCGUCUUCCAUGUUGAAGGAGGGAAGUUGCUAGAGUUCUCCGAGAAGCUUGGCGCCUCUGGCGGUGUUGCGCAAGGAGACACCAUUGUGCUACUUCGCGGUGUUGGUCCACCGCCAGAUCUUGCUAUAGAGCGGUGAUAGUAGAUAGUUUUCCAUUGGGCUUGAUAUCCCCUUUUUUUUAUCCGUGGGUGGUGAUGGCUCUUACGAUUUUAUUUUUUAUAUUUAUUUAUUUAUUCUGGAUUUAUGUAACUAGUGACAGUUUUUGAUCCCUGACGUCCCGGUGUUUAUGGCCUUCCUCUGUUUGAUGAUCAACGCUUACUCCAUUUCAUGACAGCAUUAACGUGUUCCCAGCAUCGCACUUUUCCUGCGGACUCUCGGAAAAGGAGCAUAUUCCCCAUCCCAUUUUUUUUUCUGAUCUCGAUGUAUACAUAGAAAUAUAUGAAGAUUUAUAU